GUACUUCAAGAAGGGAGUAAAUAGGUUUUUUAAGGGUCGACAAAGCAUAUGAAAUUCCCCAAGUAUUGCAAACGUUCCUAGGCCAAAAAACACCAUUGACCAUCAAACGGACAGAGUGCUGUAUGCCACCUUCGUGGUAUAAAAAAGUUCCAAAUUGUAUGUAUAAUCUAUGGUUGAAAGUUGAAACAUCAACAAACAAAACAUUUAUUUCAUUAAAACUUCAACAGUCAGCGGUGGUAGCUGUUCAAUGUUUCGUUCAAUUUCGUUGAUAAACAUUGAAUUUUAACAAAUUUGCAGCCAAUUAUUGAAAAAAGAAAUAAAGUAAAGUUAUUAUUCUUCUUCCGUGAUGGCCAUCCAUGAACCAAUACAAUUUCACGUUGGUCAUGAGUACAGAGUUAUAAUAACACAUUUUACUAAUCCCAAAAAUAUAUAUGUUCGCUCUGAUACGUAUAGAGAUAUUACAGCCAUAGAAACUCCAGGCGAAGAUGCAGUUCAUACUCCUGUUAACAAUCAAAGAAUAAUUUAUAAGUCUAAAAUAGUUGGUAAACUUGUCCGAGGAAGAAUAUGUCACAUAAGUGAAGAAGCAAAACCCACAUGUGAUAUAUUUGCAAUUGAUUAUGGUUGCAUGGAUACUAAUGUGAACAUAAAAGAUAUAUAUCCUCUAAACUUGAAAGGCCCAGAUGUGAAUUGUCCUGGAUUAGCCAUUCAAUGCCAGUUACACCUAUGUGAACCUAAAGAAGAUGAUUUUGAAUCAGAUAUUCAAGAAAAAAUGAAGAUAUUCUUUGGUGAUGCUCCAGCAAUGAUGCAUGUGGUCAAUAAAACUAAAGAUGCUCUAGUGGUUGAAAUAAUGCCUUUAGGUUCUGCUUAUGAUAUGUCUCAACUGUUGGUAUUGUAUGACUUAACAGUAUUCUCAAAACCGAAAAAAGUAAAUAAGGCAUAUUCAUCAACAAAGGGUAAAGUGACACUUGUAUUAAAUUAUAAAUCUAAAAAGUUUUGUGUUGGGGAUAUAUUGUUCGGCAAAGUGGUAAGCGUAGACUCAUUAACCAACUUCUAUUUUUGUGAAAUUAGUGAUAGUGAUCAAUCAAAUGAGAAAAUUAAUUUGUCUGCAUAUUGUAAAGAUAAAUCCGCCAACCAUCUUAAUAUGAAUAUAGGAGAACCAUGUGCUGUGGAAAUGGAUGGAAAUUGUUAUGAACGCGCCAUAAUAAGGUCUGUUAACAGUAAAGAACAUACUGCAACAUUGUUCCUUGUAGACAAAGGUACAGAGAUAGAAAGUAAGUUCUCUCGCCUUAAGCCCGUGCUUGAUAAAGAAUAUUAUGAUGUACCAAUGCUUGCUAUUCACUGUUCAACUACUGAUGAGGAAGUCAAUGGACUACCUCUCAAAGAUUUUUUAUCAGAUUCUAUGAAAUCACAAUUAAAAUUAACAAUUGUAAUCAGAGAAUUAGGAGAAUUUCCUCUUAAACCUAAUAUUGUAAAGAUUCUUCGGGUGGAGAAAUAGGUCUGGUACCUAACCCUCCCAUAAAAUAUGUAGUGUUAUCAUCAUAAUUAUCUCAAUACUAUCAUAUGCUAUGAAUCAUUUAAAAAUAAGUUUUAGGUUUAAUUAUAUUAGCGGUACAGUACUGAUAAUGUGAAGUUUUUUUGUUUUAGGAUGAUUGUUAUAAAACAUCUUGCAGCACACAUGCUAGUUAUUUAAUACAAGAAUCUUUAAGAUAAUUAAUAUUUACAUAAAAAAAUCUAUUGUGUAUUUAAAAGCUCAUAGUUACUUGUCUUGAGUAAAAAAUGUUUUCACUUGAAAUGAUAUUUAGAAUAAGUAUUACAAUGAAAUUUUUAAAAUCCUUGUUACUCUUCGAUUUUAAAGGAAUAUUUCUGCAUAUUCUACUUCAUUAUUUUUACUAAAUUUAAGUAAGUAAUUAAUUAUUAGAGAUCUGUUUGUACUUUGUCAGGUCUUGUUAACAUGUUUCUAACACAAUGUUACAGUUUUAUAUGAUUUGACUUCAUUAUUACAUACAUUGUAUUGUAUAAUUUGUAUUAUUUAGUUAAAUCAAUGAUUUGCCAUUAGCUUUUAAAAGUGUCCUUAUUAUUUUAAUUUUAGUAUAGGUAAUAUUAGUAUUAUAUACCAACAAAAAUUAAAAUUUAAGGAUAAAUUGUUAUAAUGCGUAUUUUAAUAUACGAAUUUAAACAUA